CCUCCUCCUCCUUCUCCAUCCUUUCUCUCUCUAGAACUCCACUUUGGUUACUUUCUGCAUAUCUCUCUCUCUCUGUCAUCUUCAGAAAAACCUGCGCACCGCGUUUCCAUGUCAUUUCUCGGGGAUUCUCUACGCGUCGUCCCACAAAUUCCACUCCAUUAAUGCUCCUCCAUAUCUCAGUCCACGAGGUAUAUCUAACGCCACGGACACCAUAAAUAAUCGCACCCCGCCUACCGAAUCUAUACCUUCGCUUGGGCUCUCCAGACGAAAUGAAGGGUCUCGCCAGGCACGAGCGCCGGUGGGCGUCGGACACCGUCCCCGGCAAGUCUCCGGCCAGCGGCAGCACUUCGCCGGCGGGUACGGAGUCCAGCUCGGCCGAGGAGUUCGUCGAGGUGACGCUCGACCUGCAGGACGACGACACGAUCAUUCUCCGCAGCGUCGAGCCCGCGACGUCCGCGUCCGCGUUGAUGAUCAACAUCGACGACGACGACGGCGGAGGCGCCGGCGCCGGCGGCGGGGGCAGCGGUAGCGGGGCCGGGACCCCCUGCUCCGCGUCGGCCUCGGCCCCGUCCCCGUCGCCGACGAUGCGCCGCAGCUCGUCGAGCCGGCUCCGGCAGUUCUCGCACGAGCUCAAGGUGGAGGCGGUGGCAAAGGCGCGGCAGUUCUCGCAGGAGCUCAAGGCCGAGCUGCGGCGGUUCUCGUGGAGCCACGGCCACGCGUCCCGCGUGCUCUCGGCGUCCACGUCGUCCGCCGGCCAGAAUGCCUGCGCGUUAGACUUGGCCCUGGCGGCCCGGGCCCUGCGGAAGCAGCGUGCGCAGCUCGACCGGACCCGCUCGGGCGCACAGAAGGCGUUGCGCGGACUGCGGUUCAUCAGCAACGGCAAGACCAACGGUAACAUCGAUGCAUGGAACGAAGUUCAGGCCAGAUUCGAUAAGCUCGCCAAGGAUGGCUAUCUCCAUCGUCAAGAUUUCGCACAAUGCAUAGGAAUGAGAGAUUCGGAGGCGUUUGCUCUGGAGCUGUUCGAUGCAUUGGGAAGAAGAAGGAGAUUGAAGGUCGACAAGAUCAGCAAAGACGAGCUCUACGAGUUUUGGUGUCAGAUCACUGAUCAGAGCUUCGAUUCUCGUCUCCAGAUCUUCUUCGACAUGGUGGACAAGAAUGAAGACGGUAGAAUCACCGAGGAAGAAGUAAAAGAGAUCAUAAUGCUGAGCGCGUCGGCGAACAGGUUGUCAAGGUUGAAGGAGCAGGCGGAGGAGUACGCAGCUCUGAUCAUGGAAGAGCUGGAUCCGGAGCGGCUCGGCUACAUCGAGCUAUGGCAGCUAGAGACGCUGCUGCUGCAGAAGGACACAUACCUCAACUACAGCCAGGCGCUGAGCUACACAAGCCAGGCGCUGAGCCAGAACCUGCAGGGCCUGAGGAGGAGGAGCCCCAUCAGGAGGCUGAGCACCAAGUGCCUGUACUACCUGGAAGAGAACUGGAGGAGGGUUUGGGUCGUGAUCCUGUGGGUCGCCGUCAUGAUAGGCCUCUUCGCGUGGAAGUUCCAGCAGUACAAGCAGAAGGACGCCUUCCAGGUCAUGGGCUACUGCCUCCUCACGGCGAAGGGCGCCGCCGAGACGCUCAAGCUCAACAUGGCCCUCAUCCUGCUGCCCGUGUGCCGGAACACCAUCACCUGGCUCCGCUCCACCAGGGUCGGCCUCUUCAUACCCUUCGACGACAACAUCAACUUCCACAAGACGAUAGCUGCCGCUAUUGUAGUCGGUGUCAUCCUCCAUGUUGGCGACCAUCUUGCGUGCGAUUUCGUGAGGCUCGUACAUGCGCCUCAAGACAUCUACGAUCGGUACUUGAAGAAUGAUUUCGGUGCUACGAAGCCGACGUACCUUGAUCUUGUCAAGGGGGCUGAAGGCGUGACUGGGAUCCUCAUGGUGAUCUUGAUGACAAUAGCCUUCACAUUAGCCACCCGAUGGUUCCGGCGGAGCCUCGUCAAGUUCCCGAAGCCCUUCGACCGGCUUACUGGCUUCAACGCAUUUUGGUACUCGCACCACCUGUUUGUACUCGUCUAUAUCCUGCUCGUCGUUCAUGGAGUCUUCCUUUACCUCGUUCACCACUGGUACCGCAAGACGACUUGGAUGUAUCUUUCCGUUCCUGUAUUGCUCUAUGCCGGAGAAAGGACCCUGAGAUUCUUCAGGUCUGGAAUGUACACAGUCCGACUGCUCAAGGUUGCUAUCUACCCUGGAAAUGUCUUGACGUUAAAGAUGUCGAAGCCUCCCCAAUUUAAGUACAAAAGCGGGCAGUACAUGUUCGUCCAGUGUCCCGCGGUUUCUCCAUUCGAAUGGCACCCAUUUUCGAUAACCUCGGCUCCUGGUGAUGACUACCUCAGUGUUCACAUCCGUCAACUAGGCGACUGGACGCAAGAGCUCAAAAGGGUGUUCGCCGAGGCUUGCGAGCCUCCUGUUGCAGGAAAGAGUGGCCUCCUCAGGGCUGAUGAAACAACCAAGACAAGCUUGCCGAAGCUCCGCAUAGACGGUCCAUACGGCGCUCCGGCUCAAGAUUACCAAAAAUACGAUGUCUUGCUGCUGGUUGGUCUCGGAAUCGGGGCAACGCCUUUCAUUAGUAUCCUCAAAGAUUUGCUCAACAACAUUGUCAAAAGCGAGGAGCAAGCAGAUUCAGUCACGGAUAUCAGUAGGAACUCAGAUCAAAGCGUAGGGAGCGUCGAAUCGCCCAACCCGAACCGGGUUUCCCCGAGGCGCAGGAAGGCUCUGAAGACCACCAACGCUUACUUCUACUGGGUGACCAGAGAACAAGGGUCGUUCGACUGGUUCAAAGGGGUCAUGAAUGAGGUCGCGGAGCUUGAUCAAAGGGGGGUGAUUGAGAUGCACAAUUACUUGACCAGUGUGUACGAGGAAGGCGAUGCGAGAUCUGCCCUCAUCACCAUGGUCCAAGCUCUUAAUCAUGCCAAGAAUGGGGUAGACAUUGUCUCUGGAACGAGGGUAAGGACUCAUUUCGCAAGACCCAAUUGGAAGAAGGCUCUCACGAGACUCUGCUCCAAGCACAGCGGUGCAAGGAUAGGCGUUUUCUACUGUGGAGCCCCUGUUCUGGCCAAAGAGCUGAGCAAGCUCUGCUACGAGUUCAACCAGAAAGGCCCCACCAAAUUCGACUUCCACAAGGAGCAUUUCUAGACUACAUUUGCUUCUCCAAAAUCCCAUUAGCUUCCAACACCUUCAUCCACCCAAAGAAGAGUCUUAACCGUAAGGAGGGAGGCCCUGAAUAUUUUUUGUACAGAACAGGGUAGAGCCAGUACAGUCACUGUAAGUAAUUACAAUAUAGUUCCGUAGGACCCCCAAGGGAAGAAGACAAGAGGGGAAGCUGGUCACUCCACCUCACGCACGUGGCCACAGCGCGGGUGGAGAAAAGUGGGCGGCGUGGCCCAGAACGACACUGCGGGACAGCUGCCAGAACGCCAGGUUUGACCUCAGGAAAGAGGCCUUUGACAGCGAAACGACAGUGCGUUUCAUGAUUGGGCCGCACUGCACUGCACAGCACAUUUCGUUCGUGGGUGGGGUUAGGAAAGUGACCCUAAUUUGUUGUCUAUCUAUGCAAGUGGAUGGGCUGGAAUAAAUGUCAAGACACGUGUUAUGCUAGUUCCUCCCUCUUUUUUUUUUUUUUUCAGAUUAUUUUUUGAAUUUUAUCCAUAGAAUAAGGGAGCCUGUUAUAGCGUGUAAAGAGUGAUAAUCACACUUUUUUUUUAUAUAUUUUUUUUUGGGGUCGAAACUUGACUUGUGUUUGAUGUCCUUAUGCUUUUGGCAAAAUAGGGCUGAUAAUUGUAUGAUCCAAUCAUCUGAGUAAAAUGGGUACGGUUUUGCU